GAGCAUGUGAGAACAGACUGACACAUCUGAACCAGUGAAGAAAAGCAACAACUGAGGCAGAUUCGUGAAGCAAGGGAUUUUCUCAGUUUCCCGUCAGCUGUGGGAAGAAGAAGAGUGCCGCCUUCGCUGGUUCUUCGUCGCGUGUCGUUGCUCUCAGCUGUGUUCGAUCUUCCUUCCUCCCUCCCUCCCUCCCUCAGCCUAUUGGGGUAACACCGGAGACUGGAAAAUGCAGGAGACGGCGCGUGAAAGGAUGAAAAGAUGACCGGUGACGGGACUGCAUGUGAGGUCGGCUCUCGUGUUUUCGUGCGUGUAGGAGGACCAGAGCUCAUGCUGACAGAUGGAAUCAGGUCGGGCCCGUUGGCAUGGAGAUGGAUGCAAAGUGCCUUCUGGUGCCGUAGACGGCUGCUAGUCCACAAACAGCAUCUUGAAUCUUGUGGUCCUCCGAGUCCUGCUGCCCCGGGCGCAGGCAGGCUGCUUUUUUGGGUUCCUGUUGUUCCCAAAUGAGUGAUUUUCUCACUCUGCUGAGCAAAGUUUCUUCAUUGUCGCCUCCACACAGGCACAUGUAAAUGCCCUGUAGAUAAUCUUGCUGCCUUCUUCAGACAUUAUUUCAACUCUGCUUUCACCAAGCUGCUGCUGUUUACGUUUUGCCUUCCUUUAGUUUUUCUCCAUCCAGCCCUGGAGGCCCCAUUGUCAUUAUUCAUUUUCAUGCAAGCGGACUAUGAAUAAUAGAAAGAGUGGAGUCUGAACCUGAACCUUAAGGCAUGACAGAUGCACAAACAGGAAGAAAGGAGAAAAGCGGACGGAUAAUUGAAGGAGAAGCUAACGAAGACCAAGCUCUGGAACCAAGCAAUCCUACGACGACAGAGAGUGAAGCUUCUCGUGUUUUCACAAGCUACACAGGAGUGUUGGUGUAAACCUCAAACUUCCGUUGUGUGAUUUCCACCAGGAAAGCCCCGUGUUAUUCUCUCACAGGCCUCACUGAACUGAAGUGUGCUCAGAAAUCCUCUGAGGAAGCAUCCCAGGGAGAAGCCGAAGUCCUUCACGGUGUUGGGUUGGCCUGAUACAAGAGCAGAGAACAAUCUGUCAAGAAGGAGACCGCUUUAGUGUCUGACAGCUGAGGGACAGAGAAAGGAGAGGCUGUGAUGUAGCUUCUCUCAUGUGGAAAGACUUAAAAGAAAAGCAGAAAGCGCCUGAGCUUUUGUAGGUCUGUAAACAAACUGCAGACAAGAAAAGAUACCAAGCUCACGUGUUGCCAUGGAUGACUCAAGUAUUCUGCGGCGCAGAGGUCUACAGAAGGAGCUGAGCCUUCCAAGAAGAGGCAGUUUAAUCUGGUCCCCGGCUCAGCUGUGUUGCCAAGGCAACAGCAGCCUCCUCCUCCUCCAGCACCUGUUGUCCCCCACUUCCUUUCAUCCGUCUGUCCAUCAGCUCUCUGCACUCUCCCUCUCUCCCUCUUCUCCCUCACUCUUCUCGUGCGACGGCCCUUUGUCUGCCCCCGUUUACCAUCGAGGAAACCCCUUCCUCUGGAGCUGCAGAGCCAGCAACAGGAAGAGCCUGAUUGUGACGUCCAGCACCUCCCCCACCCUGCCGCGGCCACACUCACCUCUGCACGGACACACAGGCACCAGCCCACUGGACAGCCCUCGCAACUUCUCCCCGAACACAGCCGCUCACUUCUCCUUUGUCCCUGCACGCAGUCAUGGACACAGAGCCGACAGGACGGAUGGCAGGCGCUGGUCUCUGGCCUCAUUGCCCUCCUCUGGAUAUGGCACCAACACCCCCAGCUCCACCGUCUCGUCCUCCUGUUCAUCUCAGGAGAAGCUGCAUCAGCUGCCCUUCCAGCCCACGCCGGAUGAGCUGCACUUCCUCACCAAGCACUUCAGCUCGGAGAGCAUCACCGAUGAGGAGGGCCACUGCUCCCCCGCCAUGAGACCGCGCUCCCGCAGCCUAAGCCCCGGGCGCUCACCUGUGUCCUUCGACCAUGAGAUCAUGAUGAUGAACCAUGUGUACAAGGAGAGGUUUCCCAAGGCGACGGCUCAAAUGGAGGAGCGUCUGGCCGAACUGCUCGCUUCGUCAGCCCCGGAAAAGGUCUGCCCGUUGGCUGAUGGGGUCCUAAGCUUCAUUCACCACCAGCUGAUAGAGCUGUCCAGAGACUGCCUGGAGAAAAGCAGAGAGGACCUCAUCACCUCCCGCUACUUCUACGAACUCCAGGAGAAUCUGGAGAAGCUGCUGCAGGACGCCCACGAGCGCUCAGAGAGCGUGGAAGUGACCUUCGUCACUCAGCUCAUCAAGAAGCUGAUGAUCAUCAUCGCCCGGCCGGCACGUCUCCUGGAAUGUCUGGAAUUUGACCCCGAGGAAUUUUACCACUUGUUGGAGGCAGCUGAAGGUCAUGCGAAGGAAGGUCAGGGCAUCAAGUCUGACAUCCCUCGAUACAUCAUCAGCCAGCUGGGUCUCACCAGGGAUCCUCUGGAAGAAAUGACUCAGCUGAGCAGUUACGACAGCGGAAACCCAGAAACCCCAGAAACAGACGACUCAACUGAUAGUCGAGGGACCACAGUGCCUGCAGCGCCACCACAGACCAAAAUCAAAACCCCCCGAGAAGAAGACUUUGAAAACAUCAAGCUCAUCAGUAACGGAGCAUACGGGGCUGUUUAUCUCGUCCGACACAAAGAAACAAGGCAGCGGUUUGCCAUGAAGAAAAUCAACAAGCAGAACCUGAUCCUGAGGAACCAGAUCCAGCAGGCCUUUGUGGAGCGAGACAUCCUAACGUUUGCAGAAAACCCCUUUGUAGUCUCCAUGUUCUGCUCCUUUGAGACCAGAAGACAUCUCUGCAUGGUGAUGGAGUACGUGGAGGGUGGAGACUGUGCGACGCUGCUGAAGAAUAUCGGAGCGCUGCCAGUCGACAUGGCCCGGAUGUACUUUGCUGAGACCGUCCUCGCAUUGGAGUAUCUUCACAAUUACGGCAUUGUACACAGAGACCUUAAACCUGACAAUCUCCUCAUCACCUCUAUGGGACACAUCAAACUGACCGACUUUGGCCUCUCUAAGAUUGGUCUGAUGAGUUUGACCACAAACCUUUAUGAAGGCCACAUUGAGAAAGACACCAGAGAGUUUCUGGAUAAACAGGUUUGUGGAACUCCAGAGUACAUCGCCCCGGAGGUGAUCCUCCGUCAGGGUUAUGGGAAGCCAGUGGACUGGUGGGCCAUGGGGGUUAUCCUCUAUGAAUUUCUGGUGGGCUGCGCUCCUUUCUUUGGCGACACACCUGAAGAGCUGUUUGGUCAGGUGAUCAGUGAUGAGAUCGUGUGGCCAGAAGAGGACGAAGCUCUGCCUCAUGACGCUCAGGACCUCAUCUCAAAGCUGCUGAGGCAGAAUCCGCUGGAAAGACUGGGCACAGGAGGAGCGUUUGAGGUGAAGCAGCACGCGUUCUUCACAGAUCUGGACUGGAACGGCCUGCUGAGGCAGAAAGCAGAGUUUAUUCCUCAGCUGGAGUCCGAGGACGACACCAGUUACUUUGACACCCGUUCUGAUCGGUACCACCAUGUGGACUCGGAGGAGGAAGAAGACACCAAUGACGAUGAGCACGUGGAGCUCCGGCAGUUCUCUUCCUGCUCGCCUCGCUUCAGCAAGGUUUACAGCAGUAUGGAGCGUCUGUCUUUGCAUGAGGAGAAGAGGACUCCUCCUCCCACCAAACGCAGCCUUAGCGAGGAAGGAGGAGACCGUGUGGACAGUCUGAGUGGACUCAAGUCCAGAGAUCGGUCCUGGCUGGUGGGAUCUCCAGAGAUUCUGAGGAAACGCCUGUCAGUAUCAGAAUCCUCACACACGGAGAGUGACUCGAGUCCACCGCUGACAGUCAGGAGACGCUGUUGCUCCGCCAUCAUUGAGAUGCCGCGCUUCGCUAUCUCCUCCGAGGAGGAAGGAGGGUCAGGCGGAGCUGGAAAUCGUAAAAGUCUCAGCCUGCUGGGCCCGAAUGCAGUGAGAGGCCCACGAAGCGAGGAGCUGCCGCUCGCCAUCCCAGAGCUGCCAGUGGAGAGAGAGCUGAAACUGGAGGAGUCGCCCACCACACCGAGCAGCCAUCAGAGCAAAGCCACACUCACACCGAGCAGCUCAAGUGAGGUGACUGAUCGAGCCAACGGGGGAAGCGGCGCUGCAAGCGGAGGUGCCAAGGCUUCAGCAGAGAGCGACUCUCCUUCUACCCCAAGGGCCAUCAGCGAUCUGGCCGCUCGCAGAGCUCGCCACCGUCUGCUUUCUGGAGAUUCAGACAAGCACACCGCCCCAAGCUCCAGACCGCUUAACAAGGUCAUCAAAUCUGCUUCUGCCACCACGCUGUCGCUGAUGAUCCCUGCAGACCAUCACGGAGCUUCGCCAUUGGCCAGCCCAAUGUCUCCGCACUCGCAGUCAUCCAAUCCUUCCUCCCGGGACUCCUCUCCGAGCCGCGACUUGUCUCCAGCAGUGAUCAGCGUUAAACCCGCCAUCACCAUCCACAGAGCGGGGAAGAAGUACGGAUUCACCCUCAGAGCCAUUCGGGUCUACAUGGGAGACACUGACAUCUACACUGUGCACCACAUGGUCUGGCAUGUGGAGGAGGGGGGACCUGCACAUGAAGCAGGACUCAGGGAGGGGGACCUGAUCACUCACGUCAAUGGGGAGCCGGUCCACGGUCUGGUUCACACAGAAGUGGUGGAGCUCAUUCUGAAGAGCGGAGCCAAAGUGUCCAUCUCUGCCACCCCGUUUGAAAACACCUCAAUCAAAGUCGGUCCCGCUCGGAAAACGAGCCACAAGUCAAAGAUGGCGCGGCGCAACAAGAAGACCAAGAACAAGGAGGGACAGGACAGCAAGAAGAGGACGUCUCUGUUCAGGAAAAUCACCAAGCAGGCGUCUCUGCUGCACACCAGCCGCAGUCUGUCGUCCCUAAACCGCUCACUGUCGUCGGGGGAGAGCGGCCCUGGGUCACCAACCCACAAUCUGUCUCCACGGAGCCCAACUCAAGGCUACAGGUCAACACCUGACUCCGCCCACUCAGUUGGAGGAAACUCAUCACAGAGCAGCUCCCCGAGCUCCAGUGUACCUAACUCCCCAGCAAGCUCUGGCCACAUCCGGCCCAGCUCCCUUCACGGGCUCGCCCCAAAGCUCCAGCGCCAGUACCGCUCCCCUCGACGCAAGUCAGCUGGCAACAUUCCUCUCUCCCCGCUGGCCCGAACACCGUCACCGACCCCUCAGAGCAGCUCGCCCCAGCGCUCGCCUUCGCCCCUCCCCAACCACGCUCUGGGCCAGUCCGCCACAGGGUCGUCCUUCCCCGUGAAGCUCCACUCCUCCCCCCCUCUGGUGAGGCAAAUAUCCAGGCCCAAGAGUGCUGAGCCUCCACGCUCUCCGCUCCUCAAGAGAGUGCAGUCGGCCGAGAAGCUCGCCACCUCCCUUUCCAGCUCCCCUUCGUCUCCUGCCGGGGUGGGGGCUGCGGUGGGGAGCCGCAAACACAGUCUGGACAUCUCCCAUUCCGACUUCAAGAAGGAGAUUCUGCAGAGAGAACCAAGUCUACAGAGCCUUCAGGAGUCUGCCGGUGAGGCUCUGUUGUCCUCUACGGGACGCUGCAUAGAGAAGGGCAGCCUGCAAAAGCACUCCUCCUCCAGGAAGUUAGGCCGCCAGGAAGGGGACUCCGCUCUGGGCUCGGUUUCCGGCGCGCUCGGCCUGGCGUCCGGAAAGAGCAAGCUGAAGGACAAGCUGUCCGCCAUUCGACAGGACAGAGCCGAGCGCAGGGAGUCGCUGCAGAAGCAGGACGCCAUCCACGAGGUCGACUCCUCUGAGGAUGAGACGGACGAGGGCUCAGAGGACAGCCAAGACGGACGCAGGGGGACCACCUUCACCCCUCCCCCACUGCUGAGGCCCACUACUGUUAGGACGGGUCCUGGGGGCACUCUGCCCUCCCUUUGCCUCUCCCCCUCCACUUCGCACGCCACCUUCUCCCACACCGGGCCCUCAUCAGUCAGCAGGCCCGCCCCCUCGCUUGCAGAGGUGAAACCCAGCCAGAGCCCCCUCUUUGCUGGAGAUAAAGAUAGAGGUUUUGCUUCGUCUGUGGCUGGAUGGGCACUGCAGGAAAAGAAGGGUCCAGAACCGGGCGGUUCCACAAAACCUGGUCAGGGUCCCAUCUCUUUCUCUACUCCUGGUAGUGCUUUCAUCUCAGUCAGCAAGGACUCCCUCAGACCCAGCCCCCCACUGGACUCAAAGAGCACCAACCCCAAAGCAGACGAGCAAGACCAGGACAGCUCCAGAGCCACGCCCCCUUGCACGAUGACUGACUCUAAAGCCUCUGGCAGCGCUGAGGGCCGGGACGCCUCCCGUUCCUCCUGCUCCUCCCCAGGAAUCCCCAAAGAGAAGAAAGAAGCAGACAACCGGAGACUUUGUGCCGCUGCUGCAACUCAGAGCAGCUCCUCUCCAUCUGGCUCCGCCUCAAACUCCCCUGCUCCGCCCACUGAGGGCAGCGUUGACAAAGUUGUGUCCCAACUUGCGACAGUAGCAAAGAGCGUUCUGAGCCCUGUCAAGCUGGGCUCGUCUGUGGACAAAAGCCUGAAAGACCAGAAAACCAGAGGAGGCCCUGCUGGCGCUCCUCCUUCUCAUCCCCUCCUUGCCGUCCAACCGGUGCAUGCUUCUCCGUUGCCUCACAAUUCCCCGACUCGGCAGAGGACUGAGCGUGUCGCGUCUGUGAACAAAUCCCCUAGCAGCAGUGAGUCCUCUGGCUUCGCACUGCCCGCCCUCAGCACAGGCCCCGCCCCCUCCCCAGCACCUCAGUCACUGCACGGGCGGUCAGACCCCCCGACAGCAUCCACCGCCUCUAACGCCGCGUCUGCCUCCUCUCAGCCGGGAAAAGCGACCAGCAAGAAGACAUAACAGACUCUGUCCCGACCUCAUGUAGAGAAGAUGCGGCUCAGUGCUGUCCAGACACCAAACUCACACAAGCUGCAUGUUCAGAAGAAAGCCACUCGUGCUUCACACUUCAAUCAGCCGGCAGAGCGCCAGCACGAGGGCUGCAGCCACUUCUUGUCUCAGACAAAACAUUCACCUUCUUUGCUGCAAACGCGUGAGGGGCUGCAAACACAAAGAGCUCAGAAAUCCACCGCUGAACCCUCAGCACAAAGCCUUCCUCAUGGGGGUCAGAAGUGUCCUAAUAUACGCACUUCUCCUCCUCACUGCAGAUUCCAGGUGUUUUCCCUGAGCGCAGACUGCAGGUGUGGUGCAGGCAUGAAGGUUGGUUGUAGUUUUUGGAAGAAACCCUUCAUCUGCAGGAUGAGUAAUACUUAAAUUCUAUUGGUUCAUUUGAGAGUAGUGUCUGUGUAUAACUUCAAAGAGAUAAAGCCUCGUUUUCCUCAAAGGUCUGACUAUGAAAGGCUCAAAAAUUACAGACCUCCUGCGCCAACGCUAGGUGUACACCGAACAUUUAAAAAAAAAUGUUAAAAUCAAAACAUUGCAAUUAUCUUUAGUUUCCACCAGGGGGCAGCUCUUCCCUUCAUUUCAUUUCAUUUAGGUAAAAUUAAACAUUUAUUCUAAAUUCAGCUCCAUUUAGUAGUGAGGAUUAAAUCAAGGAGGAGCUACACUGUGAUUGACAGACUUUGAACCAAUAGGAAAAGAGAAGUUGCUCCUCCUAAGGGACCUCUAUCCAGGAUAGUUUGCAGGUUCAUAUCAAUAGAAUGAAUGGUGUCAGCUCUAUUAUCAGCUGACGAAGUAGAGAAUCGUCGUUCUGACCUGCUUUCAUCUCAGCUGCGGGUCUUCUCCUUCCUUCACGUCACUUAAAAACAUCCAAACGGAUCAGAGUUUGAAGCACCGAUGAAGCGGAGGCUUCAGGAAGCUCUGUUUGUGUUUGCAGCCCUCCGCCAGCCUCUGCUGCAGCUCAAGUUUGGACCAACUAGCUGUGUUUUUAUCAGUGAAGUUUUCACUUUACUUUGUGUGUUUAGAAGAGAGCAACUGUGUGGUCAUCUGUGUGCUUGUGUGUGUGUGUGUGUGUGUGUGUGUGCAGGACAGUGAUAAAAACAUCACGUGAUCCCUUUCUCUAUACUUGUCCUCCACAGAUCCAGACUCUGUUGUCAUCUGCUAAAGUCUGGUUGUUUAAAGACAGAUCAACCCUUUGUCACAGGACUGUGUUUAAGUGUCGCUGUGUAUCUGUUUUAUACCCAGAGUGUGCGUGCGUGUGCGUGUUUUUGGGGUUUUAGGCGCUCUCCUCCUGCCUGUGUCAAACUUCUGCACAAACGGGGAUCUCCUCUGUGUCGUUCUACAUUUUUGUUUGCUCGGUUUUUGUCCCGACUGCUGCUCCUCCCCGAAGGAAAUGCCGUUUUCUGCAGUUUAGAGUUCAGCUUCUUGUCGACCUUCCGACGAGAGAGGAAAGAGUUUACGAGUUUGAAUGGAAGCUCGCUAAUUCCAAAACGACUUUGAAACGAACUCAGCUUCAAGUUUACAGUUGAUCUCUGUUUGUGUCUCAUUGUCAGUGGGUCUUGUUGUUGCCUGUAGCUGCCGCGGCUCCUCCAGCGGGUUGUUAGUCAGCGAGGAUGAUGAGGAAGACUUGAUUGUCAGUGGAGGAAGUGUGCCUCCCCCUCCUCUAAACAGGUUGUUGUAGAUCCUCACAGCCAACAUUGCAUGGAAGAAGACAGAUGGACUCUCAUCUCCAAAGAGGAUGUCAGGAGCUCACGCCAUGAUCAGACGUUCAGGUAAAGUCGACUCGCUUAGGUACCGCGGUCACACAAAGUUCUUUUUCUCCGUAGUGUAAAUACACCACUGUGUGUUUUGUGUUUACCUUACAAAAAGGAGUCCAUAGAUUAGUCAUGAUGUCCUCAAGUUUUCCUGUCAGUCCAGAGAGAUCCAUCCAUGUGUGCUUCUAAACAACUCCAAACCCGAGUUGUGCUCACUUCAAAAUGAACCACAAGCCAAAGGUUGUUUCUCACUCGUCUGUUUUGGGGCGGAAAUCUUCCUGUAACAAGUCAAACGUCUGUUCCUCCACUAAAAAAGGAAGACUUUUUAUUACAUUUAUCACAUUAAAAAACAAAACUGAGGCAAAUGGGUAAAAAGAUCCCUGGAUUCAGUUAAAAUGCGUCAAAAAUGGAGUAUUAGAAUCAGUGCAGAUGUGAACACAGAUGAUCACGAAAAUAAUCUUCGAUUAUAAUCCUGGAAAGUCGUUCGGUGAAGGCAAACCAGCUCUGCAAUCUGUUCUUUAGCUGGAUUUUAGAGAAACGCGUCAGGGCUUUUUCAGGAGGAGGGAGCCGCCGUCUGUGAGGCACAAACAUGAUGGGGUCAUGUGACCUGAAGGUGCGGCCAGGUACGAGUCUCGGCGAGCGUGACCGGACUUUUAAACCGACUUUGAACCGACUCUGCCCCUGCAGGCGAGUCAGGGGUUCUGAGUGAGGAAGAGGAGGAAGAAGGCUGAGAAGCGAGGAAACAUGGUCAGAGUUAAACCAGUGCAAUAUCUUUUUAUUGUGGUAAAGCAUGUUGUUGUCAAUCUUACCUUACAACAAGAAUAAAGUGUUUUUUUAUCAAUG